AUGUCUUGCUUCACCAUCAGGGAGCAUCGUGUGCCGGCGAGCUAUAUCCGAGAAUAUCCUCAUGCGCUUGCGAAUGAUCAGGAAGAACAGCUAUACCUUGCCGUGAAGCAGUACAUACCACUUGAGAAUAAAAAGGAGGACAAGAGAACCCCAUGCACGAUUAUUGGAGCCCAUGCGAAUGCCUUCAAUAAAGAGCUAUACGAACCAUUAUGGGAGGAUCUCAUUAAAGAGUCUGAGAAGCACAAUUAUCGUAUAGUUUCGAUAUGGAUAGCAGACGUUGCUCACCAAGGCGAGUCAAGUGUUAUCAACGAAGACAAGCUGGGCAACGAUCCAGGAUGGUACGACCAUCCUCGUGACCUCACCUAUCUCAUCAAUCUGAAACGAAACGAAAUGCCUCGACCAAUCUUCGGUCUUGGUCAUAGUAUGGGUGGUAACAACCUGGUCAAUGUUGCUCUAUUCAACCCACGUCUCUUCACUUCACUAGUGCUCCUAGAUCCUGUCAUUCAGCAACGCACAGCCGAGAUUGCGCCUCCAGGUAUGGAGAAUGCACCAUCCUCCGUAGCCAAACUUUCCACCUUCCGCAGAGAUAUCUGGCCCUCCCGCGCAGAGGCUGCCAAGCUAUUUGCCAAAUCACCGUUCUAUAAGAAAUGGGACAAGCGUGUCUUGGAUAGGUGGAUUGAGUAUGGCUUGCGUGAUUGUCCCACAGCUCUUCAUCCUGAAGCACAGUCACCUCAAGUGACGUUGACCACGAGUGUCGCGAACGAAGUACACACAUUCCUACGACCGAAUUACGAAGGCUAUGGUGCUGAGAACCCGGAAAAGAAGAUCAACCGCUACACGCAUCCUGACAUCGUUGCGAACAUGAGAUAUAACUACCCUUUCUAUCGCUCCGAAGGUCCCCGUACAUUUGCACGCUUGCCAGAAGUACGGCCCAGCGUCUUGUACAUUUUCGGUUCAGAGUCAGACGUCAGCGGCGACGAGUUUAAUAACGCCAAGUUGAAGACUACUGGUGUUGGUGUGGGCGGUUCUGGUGGUCAGGCAGAAGGACGUGUGAAAGGCGUUACUCUGGAGGGCGUUGGACAUCUGAUCGCAAUGGAGGCCGUAGAGCGGACCGCGGCGGAGACAAGCAAUUGGAUCGAAAGCGAGGUUGAGAGGUGGAGGCGAGAGGAGGAAGACUGGCAGCGAAACUGGAAGACUAAGUCGCUGAGAGAGAAGCAGGAUGUUGACGAGAAGUGGAAGGCGAUGAUGGGUGGUGACCCGAGAGCGAAAAAGAGGCAAAAAGAUACGAAGCUAUAA